AUGUCAAGCGAGUUAGUGUCAAAGUUUGUGUUCUCCUGAGGUUACUUUUUGUAUUUGCUAAAUAAAUAAUUAACUAUUUCAAGGACUUCUUGAGGAAAAUAGUGUAAUAAACUAAUUUUGUUAUGAAUAUUAAGUUCAUAUGUCGAGAUUACUUUUAAACAUUCCAAUAAAGUAAGCGAAAAUUGAGAUUAUUAAUUUUAUAAGAGUGUGAUAAUAUUUCAUCAUGCCCGAUAUAAAGAUAACUCCGCUGGGAGCAGGGCAAGAUGUCGGCCGUAGCUGUAUACUGCUGUCUAUGGGAGGUAAAAACAUUAUGUUGGACUGUGGAAUGCACAUGGGUUAUAACGAUGAACGACGUUUUCCAGACUUCUCGUAUAUUGUGCCUGAAGGGCCGAUCACCAGUCAGAUAGACUGCGUCAUUAUCUCACAUUUCCAUCUUGACCACUGCGGAGCGCUACCCUACAUGUCCGAAAUGGUGGGUUACACAGGCCCUAUUUACAUGACCCAUCCCACAAAGGCUAUUGCACCUAUUCUACUUGAGGACAUGAGAAAAGUUGCUGUAGAGAGGAAAGGAGAAUCUAACUUCUUUACAUCUCAAAUGAUCAAAGACUGUAUAAAGAAGGUGACAGCAGUAACUCUGCACCAGUCGGUGAUGGUUGACAAUGAGCUGGAGAUUAAGGCAUACUAUGCUGGCCAUGUGCUAGGUGCUGCUAUGUUCUGGAUCCGAGUUGGUUCCCAGUCAGUUGUGUACACUGGUGACUACAACAUGACUCCUGACAGGCAUCUAGGAGCUGCAUGGAUAGAUAAAUGUAGACCAGAUCUACUAAUAACAGAAUCAACAUAUGCCACAACUAUCCGAGACUCCAAAAGAUGCAGAGAGAGAGAUUUCCUCAAGAAGGUACAUGAAUGUGUUGAAAAGGGUGGCAAGGUACUCAUACCUGUGUUUGCACUUGGAAGAGCUCAAGAACUUUGUAUUUUAUUGGAAACAUACUGGGAGAGAAUGAAUUUGAAAUACCCAGUUUACUUUGCACUGGGAUUAACAGAGAAAGCUAACAAUUAUUAUAAGAUGUUCAUAACCUGGACUAAUCAGAAGAUAAGAAAGACUUUUGUGCAAAGGAAUAUGUUUGAUUUUAAGCACAUUAAGCCUUUUGACAAGUCCUACAUUGACAACCCUGGCGCUAUGGUUGUGUUCGCCACCCCGGGCAUGUUGCAUGCAGGUUUGUCUCUCAACAUAUUCAAGAAAUGGGCUCCAUAUGAGCAGAACAUGGUUAUAAUGCCAGGUUUCUGUGUCCAAGGUACAGUAGGGCAUAAAAUCCUUAAUGGUGCUAAAAAGGUUGAGUUUGAGAACCGCCAAGUGGUUGAAGUCAAAAUGGCUGUAGAAUACAUGUCAUUCUCUGCCCAUGCUGAUGCUAAGGGAAUCAUGCAGUUGAUACAGUACUGUGAACCCAAGAAUGUGCUCUUGGUUCAUGGUGAGGCACAGAAAAUGGAAUUCUUGAAAGAUAAGAUUGAAAAGGAAUUCAAAAUUAAUUGUUACAUGCCUGCAAAUGGAGAAACUUGUACAAUCAACACUCCUACAAAGAUUCCUAUUGAUGUUUCUUUGAGACUGUUGAAGGCUGAGGCCGUGCGGUACAAUGCGCAACCUCCGGACCCCAAACGGCGGCGGGUCGUCAAUGGAAUCCUGUGUGUCAGGGACAACAGGCUGUCUCUCCUCGAUAUUGAUGAAAUGUGUGACGAAAUUGGUAUAAACCGACACAUAAUUAGGUUUACAAGUACAGUUCGCUUUGAAGACCCAGGUCCAGCCGUUAAGACUGCUGAGAAACUGAAGACAUUGCUGUCAGAGAAGUUGGAAGGUUGGACCAUCACAAUCUCGGAGGCUAACAUAUCUGUUGAAUCUGUACUUAUCAAAGUUGAGGGGGAAGAGGAUAGUACUAAGAAUAUCUAUGUCUCAUGGACUAACCAAGAUGAAGAUUUAGGUAGUUACAUAUUAGGAUUACUGCAAUCAAUGGUCCAAUAAUAAUAAAAAAUGAAUGGUUGUUUAUAUGUAAUUUUUAAUAAAUUAGCUGCAUUUUAAUAA